AUGAAGAAGAAACAGAAAAGUGUGAACCAUUCAAACGAGAGGAUUACUUCAAUCCGAAAUGAAAAGAGUGAAGACGAUGUUCUAACAAAGACCAAACGAUGUGCCUCUGAUGUUGAUGAUGCUGCUCCUGGCGAGGAGAUGAAAUAUCAUCCUGUAAAGAUGUCUAGAAGUGACCUGUACAGACCACCAACUGCAGAAGAACUUAACCAACUGAAAGAGGCAGAGAGCCUGUUUCAUUGUAGUUUACUUAAAAUGCAGAUGGAAGAGCUUUUAAAGGAAGUUUUAUUAAGUGAACGAAAGAAGCAGCAAAUUGAUUCAUUUGUUCAGACAGUCACAAGACUGCUCCAAUCUGUGCCAAAAUUUGAAAAAGUUGAGAUGACUGAUCUGUCGUGGUUGAAUGGAACUGUUAAGGUUCCCUUUCUUCUUGUUCCUCAAACAACCAAAGGCAAAUUUCACAUGGAACCUCCAUCUUCUGUUGGUCUCAUUGGCAGCUACCCACUGGGCACUUGUACUAAACCACAUGUCAUGAUUGACAUGGUUGUUAUAAUUCCAUCUGAUGUUCUCCAAGAAAAGGAUGCCUUGAAUCAAAGGUAUCCAAGGAAACGAGCUCUGUAUCUAGCAGGACUGGCUCAGCACCUCUCUGCUUCUCCUGAAGUUGGAACAUUGCUUUAUUCCUGUUUACAUGGCAAUCGGCUUCGCCCUGUGCUACUUUUAAGGCCACCAGGCAAGGAAUUCUCCAGCUUUAGUUUACGAAUUCAUCCCUGUCCACCUCCUGGCUUCUUCAAACCUAGUCGUUUCCAUCCGCAGAGAAACAAUAUAAGGACCGAGUGGUACACUGGGACCCCUCAGUCUGAACCUAUUGAGCACCCAACCCCACAUUACAAUAGCGCCAUUCUUGGGGACCUUCUUCCCAGUGCCCACCUACAGUUUCUGUCUGCUGUUCGAUCUCAAUGUUCAGCUUUUUCAGAUGCAGUGGCCUUACUUAAAGUUUGGCUUCGUCAAAGAGAACUUGACAAGGGCCCUGGAUGCUUUAAUGGCUUUUUGGCUUCUAUGCUUCUGGCGUAUUUGCUGACCACUCACAGAAUCAGCAACAGCAUGACUGCUUAUCAGUUGCUUCGAAACAGUUUGAACUUUCUUGCAUCCACAGACCUAUCAGUAAAUGGAAUAAGCCUUUCAAAGAAUACAGAUUCCACAGCACCAUCGCUUGAAGAAUUCCACAAGGCAUUCCAAGUUGUCUUUGUUGAUCCGUCAGGUCAUCUUAACCUAUGUGCUGACAUGACGGCUUGUACCUUCAAACAUAUUCAACAUGAAGCGUCUGUUUCAAUGGAGUUUUGGGAUAAUGCAACUGUAGAUGGAUUUCAAAGUCUUCUCAUGACUCCAAAACCAAUGAUAAGAACAAGUGACCAUGUCUUUCAGUUACACGCGUUGGCAAAGCUGCAGUCUAGCUGUAAGAAGCUGAACCUACUUAAUGAGUUGAUGGACUUAAGUGGAAACUACAUUCAAGCUUCACUUCCUUAUAUUUUAUCACUGAUUCAGCAAGGACUGGGUCAAAGAAUUAUGCUUCUAACUCACUCUCGAGCCCCUGACCCAGAGUGGUCCAUACAGAAUGACGCACCCAAGUACAAAGAUCAGCCGCCUUUAUCCUUUGGCCUGCUCCUAAAACCAGACCUCGCUGCCUCUGUGCUAGAGAGAGGCCCACCUGCAGACAGCCCCAAGGCUUUAGAGUUUCGCCAGCUCUGGGGUUCUCGCUCUGAGCUGCGUCGGUUCCAGGAUGGUGCGAUCACUGAAGCGGUUUUGUGGAAUGGAGAGACCAUGUGUCAGAAAAGACUGGUCCCCAAACAAAUCGUCACACACAUCCUACAGCUGCACGCGAAUGUCCCAGAAACCUCUAUUCGAUACGUUGGCGCGCUGAUUGAUGAUGUCAUCAACAUACGCCGUGAGGUACCCAGCACUGGAGAGGAAGAGAGUUUAUUGGUGGUUCAGUCCUUUGAUGAUUUGAGUAGAAAGUUAUGGCGGCUAGAGGGUUUGCCUUUGGCCAUAACAUCAGUGCAAGGAGCCCAUCCAGCACUCCGAUACACACAGGUCUUCCCCCCACAAGCCACCAAAUUGGAUUAUUCAUUUUUUGAUCUAAAUAAGUCAUGCAGCUCUCUUCUACCGAAAGAAGAAAAACCUUGCCCAACCUACAUAACCCCUAUUACAGUUAUCUGUCACAUGGAGGGCAGUGGAAAAUGGCCUCACGAUCGUCUCGCUAUCCGACACAUUCGAGCGGCAUUUCACAUUCGUAUGGGAGAAUUAUUGAAGCAGUAUCAUAAAUAUACAUUUCAAGCCUGUCCCAGUCAUUUGGAUGUGUGGAAGGAUGGUCUAUUGUUCCGCAUCCAGAUAGCUUAUCAUCGGGAACCACAGGUGUUGAGGGAAAGUAUCAAUGCAGAAGGAAUGUUGGUUGUAAGAGACACUGAUGAGGCUCAAGCUUUAGAAGUGGCCACCAUACACAAGCCUCUUCUCACAAGCACGCUGCAUGGGAUUCAGCAGCAACACGCUUGCUUUGGCACGGUGUGUCGUCUGGCCAAACGAUGGCUCGGUGCACAACUUUUUAGUUGUGAAAUCACUGAUGACACAGCGGACUUACUGGUUGCAUGGUUGUUUCUUCAGCCAGCCCCCUUCACUGCUCCUGGCUCUCCUCAGGUGGGCUUCCUGCGUUUCCUUCAUCUGCUUGCUUCUUUUGAUUGGAAGAACAACCCACUGAUUGUAAACCUUAACAGCCAGCUCACAGUGGCCGACUAUACUGAGAUCAAGAACGACUUCAUGGCCUCCAGAGACACCUUGCCCGUCAUGUUCGUAGCCACACCUACCGACAGAAAAAUGUCUUUGUGGACCAAGCAGGCACCAAGUGUACAGAUGCUUCAUCGUAUAGUAAUGGUCGCUGCAGAAAGUCUGAGAGUGCUGGAACGUCAGAUAAUGUCCGUGGAGGAGACGCAGGAUGUACGGAUGGUCAUGCGCCCCCCGCUGGAUUCCUACGACGUCUUGAUUUUCCUCAACCCAAAGCAGGUUCCACUCUUGAGCCAGGCCGUGGACCCGUCUGCAGUCGGCUUUGUGAGGGGCUUCACAGAGGGCUUUGUGGGGCAGGCCGGAGGAUUCAUGCCUGUGGUUGACUAUAAUCCAGUCUCCAUCUACCUGAAUGAACUCCGAGAAACAUUUGGAGAUCUGGCUCUAUUCUUUUGUGAUCCUUUUGGUGGGACAGUAGUAGCUGUUCUGUGGAAACCGAAGGCCUUCACACCAUUGCCAUUUAAGACAUCACAGAUGGCAGCUCGAGCAGUUGAAGUUCAUGGAGAUGAUGUCAAAACCAUUCCCAAUGUUGAAGCAAUUUUGGAGGAUUUCAAGAUUAUUGGAAACGGUUUGGUCAAAUCUAUCGAGGCCAGAACAGAAAAAUGGAUCUUCUGA